AUGAUAUGCAGGUGUUGUGGAAAAGAAAAAAAAACAGCGAGUCAGAAGAAAACAUGCAAAAAAUGUCGCCAAAAGCUGAAACGAAGAAGAAUAUCAAAAGCACAAGCCUUUGAUAUGUCUAACAAUUCUAGUUGGUUUGAUUCUUCAUCUCCACAGUUAGAUGAAAGUAAACCGCGUCCAAUAAUCAGUAAUAAGCCAAAUAAUGACAAAGCCUACUUGAAAAAUGAAGAAUUUGAUAGUCAACGAACUAUAGAUAUUCCAGAUAGUCAGCUUACCGUGGAAAUGUCUUCUCAGAAUGACUAUGGAGAUCCUGUCUACGAUGAAGUAUCUUCUGAACAAAAUACUGGUGAGCAAAGUAAUUAUGAAGUUAGUAUUCAGAUUCAACAAGACGAGGUACUUCGGAUGAAAGGAAUUGACUUGGUGGAAAAAACACAAGAAGGUUUAGAAGAUAUUGAAGAUGAUAAUAACAGUAUGGAUGAGAGCAACUUUGAAAUUGAAUACGAUAAUUUUCAAGAUGAUUACAGUGACCCCAGUUACAUAGAAUCCGAAAGCCAAGAUAGCAUAGAAAAUUCUAUAGACGUAGAGGAAACCCUUCCAGAGCCUUCAAAUAAUGGAGCCAAUUUGCCAACUAUUGGUGAAAUCGAAGAACUACUAGAAGGGAGCGAUAUAAGUAUAGAUAAUUGGGCCAAGGUGGCGGUUAACAAAAAGACGGGAAAUAUUAUUGAUAUUCACACAACAGAAAGAUGGCUAAAAUAUAUUGUUCCAACAGCCAGUAUAUAUUCAAAAGCUUUGGCUAAAGAAAUGGUAUUAAAAGCUGUCCCAGAAAACAAUUACCAAAUUAUUAAGAGUGGGUUCAUACCACGUCCAAUUAAUUUCGCUAAAAUGUAUGAUUUACAAUACUGUCCAGAUUGUACUAGACUCAAGUCGAUCCAAAAUCAUUUUUCUCAUCGUAUUCCUUCUUCUCUGAGAGACAAGUGUACUUAUCGAGGUCCAUUUAAACUUGGUCAAGGGCAUCGCAUAGGUCUCACAUAUAUUAUGUUAUCUAACGUACAUGAAUUCCCAGAAAUCUCUAGCUCCAUAAAAAACAAGCUUACUAAUCCACAGUUGACUAGAGAAUUAACCGAAUACAUUCUGAGUGGAAAUAAAUAUUUAGAAGAUAUUAAUUUUAAGCAAAACAUUUUUGAUAAAUAUCACAAAGAGUUUAAGUUCCUAUUAUUGCAGUUACCUACAGCCUCUGAUAAAAUAAAUGAGUUAAGACAAUCAUUGGUCGACAGGAUGGUUGAAAUUAGUGAAUAUGCUAGACUGAAUCAUGAAGUGGGACAAAGUCUAUUCAAAAAGUUCCGUAAUGUUCGAAAGGAAACAGUUAUUAUGUAUACUAAUAUAGUUUUUAAGAUUCUUUAUACUAUGAUCAAAUUACAAGAUCUUGGUUAUUUGAGGCUAUUCGAUAUUAAUGAUAAGGCUGAAGAUAUUGGCUGCAUUGAAGUCGUCACAAAUUAUUUUGAUAACAAGUUGAUGUUAUAUAAGAUAAAUCCAGUUGGAUACGAGUUUCAGACAUCACCAUUCAUAGUGGCUUUAUGGUUAAAUCAUCUAGAUCCAGUAGAUCAUUGCCUAAGAGACGAAAGUGGAAUUCAACAUUUAUUUGAUGCUACUCAGCUUUUUAUGAAAUUGGAAUUAAUCAAUUAUUGUCGAACAAACCAUAAAAAUAUGGAACUAGAAUACAAAGAAUAUUUCAAGGCGACUGAAGAUUACACAACUAUUUACAAGAUUUUAAGAAUUAUGAAAGGUAGACUUUUUGACUUUAGAACUAUUGUUUCUAAUUAUUACGAUGUUUAUUUCACUAAAAAGUAUACCACCAUGCUUUACAAAGAAAAAGAAAUACAUUUAUCUGAUGUCCCCGAAUUUGUUGUUUUCCUUAUUGAAAGUUUUUGCAAUACGAUAUUACCAAUACUACCAGAUCACUUUAAAAUUAAAGAUUUCAUUGAGCGAGUAUAUGACCCAAACUUCUAUUCAUCUUUAUCCUGCUUUGCACCUCUUCAUUCCUUUAGAGAACGCCUUCCAUUUGUGUUGCUAGAAACAGCAGACGAUUUAAGAAGAGUACUUUGUUUUAAUUUCUUCAAACUAAACAAGCUCAUUAUAUUAAUUAUGUACUUUACAGGAGGACUUCCAUUUCGUAUGACCGAAGUAUUAGGAUUACAAUUCAACGAUAAAAAAAGAAACAUAUUUUUUCGUGGCGGGAAAAUGGUAUGUACAUAUACGUACAACAAGACUGAUAACAUAUCAAAUAAGACAAAACUCAUAUCAAGAGGAUAUCCUAUUAUUGUAUCAAAAAUAGUAUUCUUUUACAUUAACUAUGUCAGGUAUUACGAACUCAGGCUAAUGGAACAAUUAAAGCAGUUGGAUAAUAAUAAAAGCAGAUGGGAAACACUACAAGAAAGAUGUACAAGGUAUUUGUUUGUCGAUAUUAGUGGAAUUGUUCAACUGGAAGACAUGUAUGCAUUAUUCAUGCAAAUGAGUACGAAGUUCAUCAAAACAAGAUUAGGAAUACGAGAUUGGAGACAGAUUAUGGUCCAAUUUGUUAAAAAGAAUGUCUCUUCUACUAGUAUGUUAAGCUCCUCAUUCAUCCAUAAGUUUUUAGAGAUGCAAGCAGGCCAUGGAUCAACAGUAGCCUUAAAUAGUUACGAAAAAACUACCACCAGAGAUUAUGAAAAUGGUAUAGUUGAAGCACAACAGUUGAUGUCGGAACGUUGGCACGAAAUCAUCAACCUUCCCUUAUCACUUAAUGAAUUAGAAAACUUCAAACCCAAUAUCCAACUUUCCAGCAAAGAAAUAAACUGA